AAGUUUGCAGCAUUGCUUGUUACUGUUUACAAUCAUGAGAGAAAAGUUUCGCACAGUAGUUGUGCCUCUUCUGCUUGCUAUUUUCUCUCUCAGUGUAACAUGUGGGGAACCUUCUCAGUCACAUGCAGAUAGAGCAGACUUAGAAACCUGUGUGCCACAUUCACCGAAAGUUAACUGUUCCUUCUUGCCAUUAGAGUUCUUGGAUUGUGAAGAACCAUUUGACCACAAAGGGAAUCAGUCAACACAUGAUGAUGAAGGGCAUGGAUGUGUUAAGUGGGACCCAUCAUCCACCUACAGGGCUCCUGAAGGCUUUCCCCCAUAA